GCCCCUGGCUGGAAUACUGUCAUCCGAUCCCACCCAAGAUGGCGGACGCCUACGAACGUGAACAACAAAACAACGACCUCCUGAACUCUUUAUCGAGCAAAGUAUCGGCGCUGAAGUCCGUGACGAUUGAUAUAUACGAUAAUGCUCGUGACCAAGAUACACUGGAUCAUUCGAACCAGGUGUUUUCGUCGCUAUCGACGAAUCUCAAAGGGAGCGCGAAUCGACUCACCCGGAUGGCGCGACAGGGCGAUACCGUGGCGGUGCUGAAGAUCGCAGGCAUUGUGGUUGGAGCCGGGGUGUUGUUGUGGUUGAUACUGGGGUGGAUUUUCUAGAGCUGGGAGGGGAGUCCGUGGUUGCUCCUGGCUGCCUUGCGGGUGGACCGGAACGAUUGUGUAUACGCCGUACGGUAUGGGUCCGUGGUCCGUCCUCUCAAGACUCUUGCUUGGGACAUGAUUUGAUUUUAUCCUUGCUUGUCUCUCUGUGUCUCUACUUGGUCCUGGAGGGUCAUCUUGCGGGUCGAGAUGCUGCUGGGACUCUAUUAAUACAUUAGAUCGUAUAUAUCUCGAGUUGUUCCCGUCGAAAUAAUCGAUCCUGUAGAUACGCCGCCAAAUCGACUGUUCUGGCCCAUUGACCAUGUGUCACCGACACCUGCAUCGAUUGGCGACUUCAGGCCAGAGGGAAAGAUAGGGAAAUAUUUCCCUCAUCCCUUAUUUCCCUCUCCUUUUCUGGCUGUCGGUGUAGGAGUGAGUGGCU